CUUUAGAUUGGGAGCUAUGUUCACGUGCCAUUUGUUAUCUACACGUGAUGCGAGGUGGACGCCCCCUAGCCUGCUCUGUGCUGUUGAUUCUCACGCUCCACCACGCUUGGGGCCAGUUUUCUACAUCUGAUGGAGACCCGACAGUGUUCCGACUGAAUGAUGGAAACGACAUUCCGGUCAUUGCCCUUGGCACCAGCUUGGGACAUCUGGCCGACGGAACAAGGGUGUUGCCUGUGAACCAUUCUCUGGCAAAGGCCGUACAAUGGGCUCUGGAGGCCGGCUACAGGCACGUCGACACCGCCAGCCUAUACCGCGUUGAAGAUGAGGUCGGCCUCGGCGUCAGACGAUAUGUCACAGACAACGAUAAGGAUAGAAGCCAUGUUUACAUCACUGGGAAGCUAUGGAACGAUGCACACGAAAGAGCUGAAGUAAUACCAGCACUAAGGAAGUCUCUAGAGGACUUGCAAAUGGACUAUCUGGAUUUAUACUUAGUGCAUUAUCCAAUGGCGUAUAAGAAAAACGGGAGUAUCAGCUUGACUGACUAUUUGGAAACCUGGAAAGGAAUGGAAGAUGCCAAAAUGCUUAAUUUAACCAGGUCUAUUGGAGUAUCAAACUUUAAUCUGUCUCAAAUGCAGAGACUUUGGGACAAUUCAAAAAUAAAACCGGCAGUUCUACAGAUCGAGGUGAACCCAACUAUAACCCAAGACGAGCUGACGGCGUGGUGUGCCGAGCACGGCGUGGUGGUGAUGGCUUACAGUCCUUUCGGGGGCGUCUUCGGGAGGAAACCUGAUGCGCCGCCGCCUCGCUCCGACGACCCGGUGCUGACAGAGAUAGGCAAUCGACAUAAUAAGACCGUGCCGCAGAUACUGCUGAGAUAUUUAGUUGAUCGUCAUAUCGUUGCUUUACCGCGAUCUACAAACAAGGAACGAAUAAAGUCAAAUAUAAAAAUAUUUGAUUUCAAACUAUCCCCCGAGGAGAUUUCUACAAUUUCCCAAUUUAAUAAAAACUACAGACUGAGGACUCCUGCCAAGUGGUACGAUCAUCCACAUUUUCCAUUCGAAAAAAAAAACCUCACACAAGAACAAAUAAAGUAUAUCAUCGAACACAGUAAAGAAGAUUGAUGUUGGAUAAAUUUUAUUAUCGUUAAAUUAAUUUCAACAUAUCAAAAAAUAUUCUUAUAUUAAACUCGUAUAUUUUUACUAUCAUUAGUACAAUUUCUUGAUAUAAUAUGUAUAUUAAUAAAUAACUAUGUAUUUUAA